GGAAUUUUAAAGUAACCGCUCCUGCUCUCUGCAAGUCUUGCGACCUGCAUUUUGUGGCAUUCCGUCGGUGAACAAAAGCGUCCUCUACGGAGUAUCUAAAAACCCCCGAAUCAGUCUCGACUUUUUCUCUGCAUGAAUAAUUUCUUUUUAUUUAAACGUUUUUCCAUGUUUGAUGACUUGGUUUCUGGAAAAAAAAAAGGAAAAUUUUCGCUAAAUGACAGGCCAUAAUUUGAAACUUCAGUAUUCAUUGCUUGCUAUUUUCUAGUGUUCAUCAAAUGAAAUUUCGAUCGAUCCCAUAUAAAGCAUACUGUACGGAUACGGGGAUUUCUGCUGCUGCUAAAAUUUCUCUUUUUGCUCGUCUCGGUCAAGUCGAGAAGGCCCGAAAGGUUUUCGACGAGUUGCCUCAAAAAACAAUCACUUGUUGGAACUUGAUGAUAAGUGGGUACUUUGACAACAGAAAUCCUUCUGAGGCUAAGCGUCUGUUUGACAAGAUGCCGGAAAGAAACACAAUUUCUUGGAACGGAUUGAUAUCUGGAUAUAUCAAGAAUGGAAUGGUUAGUGAAGCUAUGAAAGUGUUUGAGACAAUGCCUCAGAGGAAUGUUGUUUCGUGGACUGCGAUGAUUAGGGGAUAUGUGCAAGAUGGUAUGGUAACUGAAGCAGAGUCUUUGUUCUGGCAAAUGCCUGAAAGGAAUGUGGUUUCAUGGACCGUGAUGUUAGGUGGGCUGAUUCAAGAAGGCCGCGUUGAUGAGGCGCGUAAGUUAUAUGACAUGAUGCCCGUGAAAGAUAUAGUUGCUAGAACUAAUAUGAUAGGAGGGUUGUGUAAGGAAGGGCUGUUGGAUGAAGCAAGACAGAUUUUUGAUGAGAUGCCACGUAGAAAUGUGAUUUCUUGGACUACAAUGAUUACUGGGUAUGGGCAGAAUGAUCGUGUGGAUGUUGCUAGGAAGCUUUUUGAAGUGAUGCCGGAAAAAAAUGAGGUGUCAUGGACGGCCAUGCUACUGGGUUAUACGCAUAGCGGAAGGAUUAAGGAGGCUUCAGAAAUUUUUGAGGCAAUGCCGGUCAAGUCAGUCGCUGCUUGCAAUGCUAUGAUUCUUGGGUUCGCCCAAAAUGGGGAGGUAGAAAAAGCAAGGGUCAUAUUUGAUCAAAUGAGGAAGAAGGAUGAUGAGACAUGGAGUGCAAUGAUUAAGGUUUACGAAAGGAAAGGGUUUGAGUUGGAGGCACUUGAUUUACUGAUUUUGAUGCACAGAGAGGGAGUGAGGCCAAAUUUCCCAUGUUUGAUUAGUGUUCUUUUAGUUUGUGCCAGCCUGGCAAGUCUUGAUCAUGGCAGACAGGUUCACACCCUGUUAGUGAGAUCCCAAUUUGAUCUUGAUGUAUAUGUUACCUCAGUUUUAAUGACGAUGUAUAUCAAAUGCGGUGACCUUGUCAAAGCAAGGCAACUUUUUGAACGGUUCGGUCCAAAGGACAUUGUUAUGUGGAAUUCGAUUAUAACUGGGUAUGCACAACAUGGUUUAGGAGGGGAAGCUUUGCAGGUUUUCCGUGAGAUGCUCUCCUCAGGUAUCACACCAGACGAUGUCACCUUUAUAGGAGUUCUCACAGCAUGCAGCUACACUGGAAAAGUUAACGAAGGGCUUGAGAUUUUUGAGUCAAUGAAAUCUAGUUAUCAUGUAGAGCCAAGAACCGAACAUUAUGCAUGCAUAGUGGAUUUGCUUGGCCGAGCAGGUAAAGUAAACGAGGCAAUCAAGUGGAUAGAAAAUAUGCCUGUGGAAGCAGAUGCUAUAGUUUGGGGUGCUCUUUUAGGAGCCUGUAGAAUGCACAUGAAGUUGGAUUUGGCUGAACUUGCAGCAAAGAAACUUCUACAGCUGGAGCCCGAAAAUGCUGGACCCUCCGUCUUGCUAUCAAACAUAUAUGCAUCUCAAGGUAGAUGGGCUGAUGUUGCAGAAUUAAGAGCGAAUAUGAGGGCAAGGAGUGUGAAUAAACCACCUGGUUGUAGCUGGAUUGAAGUAGAGAAGAAAGUACACAUGUUUACUGGGGGAGAUAGCACUUGCCACCCUGAGCAUUUAUUGAUAUUGAGGAUGUUGGAGAAGUUAGGUGGGUUAUUGAGAGAAGCUGGGUAUAGUCCUGAUGGUAGCAUUGUGUUGCAUGAUGUGGAUGAGGAAGAGAAGGUGCAGAGCCUGGGAUAUCACAGUGAGAAACUUGCUGUUGCAUAUGGACUUUUGAAGGUUCCUGAAGGGUUACCAAUUCGGAUAAUGAAAAAUCUCCGAGUGUGUGGAGAUUGUCAUUCUGCAAUUAAAUUGAUUGCAAAAGUCAUGGGAAGAGAGAUAAUUCUGAGAGAUGCUAAUAGAUUUCAUCAUUUUAAGGAUGGCUUCUGUUCUUGCCAGGAUUAUUGGUGACUAUACCAUGCCCAAUACUGACUGAUAGAUGCAUGCACACGCUGAUUUGAGCAGCAGUCAUCUAUACUCUCCCAUAUCAAAUCAUUAGGUUCUGAGCUUUUCAGCUCCACAUAUUCAAAAGCUGAAAUUCCUUGACCAUGAUGAUUGUUUCACUGAGGAACCAUGACAUUCAAGGUCCAGGUAUGACAUAUUCUCCUGAGAGAACAAAAUUCAGGAAAGAGGUGAAGGCAAUUCUAAUAAUUUUAUGAUUGCAGUCUGCUUGAUACAUAAGGUGGAAAAUGUGAAUGCUUCAUGUCUGCUUCCUUUUAGCCACUCUAAAAAGAACAUCUGUGGGGUUUCUUCCGAGCUGCAGCAUCUUGUCAAGAAAUGAGUGUGAAUGGCUAAACGUCAAAGCUUUCAUCUUAUGAACUAUCUGACAAGACCAACUAAUGGAAAAGCUUUAUCUUGCUCAUGCUUAGAUUGCACCUGUACGCUUUGAUACGAGACAAGUAUGCAAGCCCGUGUAUAAGUGACAGCUACUCUCCUAUCUAUAUGCAGUAAUGACAUGCAACUUCAAUGAGCUAAGCUUUGCAGGGUAAGGUUGAAGUUUUGGAAAGUUCAAAUGAUCUUUCUUUCCUUAUGCACUCUGCAUUUGCUGUUUGGCAAAGAAAGAUGAUUUCUUUCCUCUUGCUCUUCCAAGUUGUUCGGCUGCUUUUUACUUGUCCCUUUCCAUGUUGGUAAUUAGAGCUUUUGUUUUCUUAUUCAGCUCAGGAUGAUAAAAUUUGACUGAAUUGUAGGUUUCAAUCUCAGGUCCAAAUCAUUGAAAAUCUAUCCUGCAAGAGGGACCUUUGUUUGUUGUGAUCUGACCAUUUUUUAUUCUUUUUAUUUUUUUUGAAUAUAUUAUUUACGUGGGAUAAAUAUUAUU